AUGUCUUCCACACACGGCAUGAACGGUACCAACGGCACCAAAGGGGGUGCCGUUGUCGAUGCAACGAUCGCCACCCGUCCGAACGACCUGGGAGCGGUCCCUGGUCUGCUCAAGGAUCUCAACGAUAACAUUGGCUCCUUGUCUGUCGAUGACCAUCAAGCGCGGCACGAGCUGCUUCUCAAGGCUCGUUCGAUAGUCCAAGCUCUGGAGGCUCCAAGAGAGACCAUGAUCAAGCACUGCUGGGCACAGACUGGCGCUAUUGCCGGUAUCAAUCUUGGCACGGUAAAGGAGCUUGCUGAUGCUCUUGGUGUUGACCCGGCUCUCCUUAGUCGCCUCAUGCGCCAUCUUGGUGCCAUGGGCUACAUCAAGGAGACAAGCCUUGAUGAGACAUCUUGCACUGGCGCCGGGCCCUUGAGAUUCCAUGAGUACUCUCGCAAGAGGGGCUUCGAGAACCCCACUGAUGACAAGGACACCCCUAUGAUGUAUGCAUACAACACUGAUAAGGAUAUGUUUGCAUGGCAGCAAGAUCUUGGCUACGGCACUCACUUCAACCACCACAUGUCCGGCUACCGCCAGGGCCGUCAUCCAUGGAUGGCCCCCGGCUUCUUCCCCGUGAAGGAGAGGCUCAUCGAAGGCGCCAACACGGACGCCGACGCGCCAUUCUUGGUGGAUAUUGGCGGCAGCAUCGGCCACGACUUGGCUGAGUUUCACUCCUACUACCCCAAGGCGCCGGGAAAGCUCAUCCUUCAGGAUCUUCCAGUCUUCAUUGGUCAAAUCCAGGAGCUCACACCGGCAAUCACGCCCAUGGGCCAUGAUUUCCUGACAGAACAGCCCGUGAAAGGAGCCCGCGCCUACUACAUGCACUCAUGUCUGCAUGACUGGCCUGAUGAUGUCUGCGAGACGAUCCUCAAACAGAUCAAGGCUGCUAUGAAGCCCGGAUACAGCAAGUUGUUGAUCAACGAGAACGUGAUCCCCUCUACUGGAGCUUGGUGGGAGACGUCUGCACUCAACAUGGUCAUGCUGACGCUUUUCUGCUCUAAGGAGCGCACUGAGGGCGAUUGGUAUCACUUGUUGGAGAAGAUUGCUGGGCUGAAGAUCGUCAAGAUUUGGGGUGGUGGCAAGGGUGUUGAGAGUCUGAUUGAAGUUGAGCUUCCGUAG